CCCAUUCUCAGUAGUUCUUGGAGGGGCCUCAGCCACCCCUGUGCUGGCUAGCAUUCCAGUGGUUUUGCUUUAUAUUCUGUACCUUGGACACCCUAGGAGAACCAGAUUUUUUCAUUCUGGUGUCAUAAGCAAGGACUUUGGCUUCCAUAGUGGUGGGGCAGAGGUCAAGGGGUGUGGAUAACAGGUUUGGUCUUCUGUGUUUACCCUGAGCAGGAAGAUGGCCUGAAAGCCUAGCCCAUGUGGGGCAGGCAUUAGGUGGGCCCUAACCUUCAGCCCUUGCCAACUCUGGCCUUGGCUGUAGGGAGCAGGAACUUCAAAAGGUCCUGAGGCUCCCUUCCUGCUUUCCUCCCAAGGAGAAUCUGGAGGUAUUUGCUGAAACAAAACCAGGCCCCUGUGGCUCGAAAGAAGUUUUUUGUACUCUUCCUCCUUUCUUGAAGAGCGGGGUAGGCCAGGGAGGAAUAUGCCUCCCUGGGAAAGCAGCAAUAGCUUUGUGCACACACGAGCAACCACCCCCUCCACCCAGGACCCGCCUUAAAGCGGUUGCUGCCUGCUGGGGGGGGGGGCCACCCUGGUAUGUGCCUCUCCCCACCUUUUCCCCGGCAGCUAAAAGCUUGCCAGCUGGGAGAGGGGAAGCCAGGGAAGGCUCAGUGCUAUUGGUGGAUGGGGGCCUCAGGGCCGAGGCUAGAAGAGGGGAAGUCGCUAAUUUAGGCGUCUAGGCAGACAAGAGCAUGUAGGGGAGCUGUGGCCCCAGCACUGGUCCGAGGCCCUGGACUUAAUCACCCCUGGGUUGGGGACAGAACUUGUUGAGCCGGGCCGCCCCCUCUCCCACACCCACUCCCGGCACCUGGAGCCAGACCUAUCGGCUCCCGUCUCCGCCUCCUCUGCUUCACAAUCUCGCGGCUUGUCCCACCCUACCUGAACCCAGUACUCAUCUGCCAGCGGGACUGCGCUAUCCUCCCUGCCCGGCUCUGGAGGGCGCCCCGGAAGCCAUGGAGGUGCUGGUCCUGGCCGGAUAUCGCGCGCAGAAGGACGACGAGCUGAGCCUGGCGCCCGGGGACCUGGUCCGGCAGGUGUGCAAGGGACCUGUACAGGGCUGGCUGCGUGGAGAGCUGCGGGGCCACUGUGGUCUCUUCCCCGAGUGCCUGGUGCAGGAGAUCCCAGAGACUCUGCGCGGCGUUGGGGACGCGCCGAGACCGCGCUGUGCGCGUCCGAUCCCAGGUCGCCCCUACAAAUCUCCGGGCCCCCAAAGAUGGUGCAAAGUGAACUUCAGCUACAGCCCGGAGCAGGCGGACGAGCUGAAGCUGCAAGCGGGGGAGAUUGUGGAAGUGAUAAAGGAGGCCUUGGUAACCCACACAAGCCUUCAGUCAGCCUUGAUCCCCAGAGACCUCCCAAGACCACAGAGGAUAAGGGCUGGUGGGAAGGAGAGUCUCAAGGCAGAAGAGGAGUCUUCCCAGAUAACUUUGUUCUCCCCCACCCCCGCUCCUAUUAAGGAACUCAAAAAGAUGAUGCCCAAAACAGCCUUCCCUACUGUCAAGAAGCUGGUGACAGCCCCCACUGGGCCCAGCAAAGCCAAGCCAUCUUGGACACCCAGUGGAGACGGUCAGAAGCGCCCGUCCCGAAACUCCAGGCCUGCUCUCACAGGCUCCAGUGGCAGCUUCCUCAGUGGGGGUCCAGGCCACCCUGGCAGAAGGCGAUCCAAAAUCCAGGCUUCCCAGCAACGCUCUGCAGCCAAUCAGGGCGAAGAGCAGAGCAGCCUCACAAAGGCCCCUCAUGUGAAUAAAACUCUGACUCUGGACAAGGCCCCUUGCCCAGAGGAGACCCCGUCUCUGGACAAGGCCCCCGGCCCAGAGGAGACUCCGUCUCUGGACAAGGCCCCCGGCCAAGAGAAGACCCCAUCUCUGGACAAGGCCCCCGGCCCAGAGGAGACCCCGUCUCUGGACAAGGCCCCCGGCCCAGAGGAGACCCUGUCUCAGGACAAGGCCCCCAGCCCAGAGGAAACCUUGACUCCAGAUAAGGUCGCUACCUUAGAGGAAACUCCAGCUCUGGAGGACGACACCCCCAGCCCAGACAGGGUCUUCUCUGUGCACGAAGCCCCAGCCUCAGAAGUCCCACCUGAAGAUGGAGCCCCUCAUCCAAAGAUGGCCCCUCUUGAGGACGAGGCCUCCACCCUAGGCAAGUUCUUGACCCAGGAGCAGGUGCUCUCUGAAGGGGCCUCCACCAGAGACAACACUCAGUUGUAUCACUUCUCUUCAGAGGAAGCCCUGCCAAAUGCCAGGUCUCUUGAGGCUGGUGAGGCUCAGUCCCAAGAGGAGUUCCACAUGCCAGAGGAGCCCUCCCUCUGCGUGGGGAAACAUCCCCUGGAUAAAAGGGACAGCUCCCCUCUCCAGUGUGAGUCCAAGUCCAAGCCAGGGUCCAUGCCUGCCCUUGAGAAGGCCCACCCCCAGGAAGAGGCUGCCAUCCUCCUGGGGGAGGCGCCUGUGAAGGAUGAGACUACCCCCAAAGAGGAGAAGGCUCCCAAAGAAGAGGUACCCCCGGAAGAGGAAGUACCCCUCAAAGAAAAAGAAGCUGACCGACAUCUGGGAGGAGCUGAAGAGCGAGAGGGAGAAACGCCAGUUGCUGGAGGUUCUGGUGAAGCGGAGGACUCAGGAGUCCCGGACCCGGGACUCCAUCCACGUGCAGACGCAGACGCACUAAGGGUGGGCCCAGGAGGGACUACAGCGGGACCUGGAGCGAGGUCUGGCUCCGGCCACCCACAUCCUUGCACAAGGGGACUUUGGGAAACGCAAGAAAGUAAACUCUGCCGUGUACGCGUGCCGCGCCGGCCUGGUCUGUGCGGGGCCGGGGCGGGGCCUGCGGGACCGGGGCACUUUGGGAAACGCAAGAAAGUAAACUCUGCCGUGUACGCGUGCCGCGCCGGCCUGGUCUGUGCGGGGCCGGGGCGGGGCCUGCGGGACCGGGGCGGAGCUGGCGCUCCAGGCCCUCCGCAUUCCUGGCAGUUGCUCCCGGGCACAUCUGCCAACAUGUGGCUCCCAUUACCGUUCCCAAGGCCUGCGCGGCUAUUUUUAUCCACCGGAUGGCGGGGAAAAGGGGGAGUGGGGGUGUCUCCUUCGGACGCCAGCCCCGCGCUAGAGAAAUGGCCCUCAGGAGGGGCCCAAGAGGGGUCGGAGCUCUGUCAGAGGCCCGGAUUCCAGAAUCCAGCUGUGUGCGCCAGGGGAGGGGCCGGGCGGGCCGGCUCUCGAGCGCUUGACCCCUCCCAAUUGGCCCCACUGUCUGCUCAGGACCCAGGAACGCACCUCGGCUCAAAACUAAUUCCACAGUCCAUCUCAGACACAUGGUUACACUGGGGCUAAUAGCUCCUUAGCGUCAAGGUCAGGGUCCCGUGUCCUGGUGUGUGUGCGUGUGUGUGAUUGCAAUGAUGCAUAAACCCAGGGCAUUUGUAGCGACAGGGGCGAUGUGUACCCAGGCGUUUGCCGGUAAGGAAUGCUGAUAUUUGUGUAAAUCUGUGAUGAAGUGGUGGAGUGUGGGUGAAGGAGUGUGUGUUUUUGCCACGUGUGAACUGAACGCAAGCACCUGUGCUGAGGCGUCGAUAGCUAGAAGGAGGUGGUCAGCCUGAUAAAGGAGUCGAGUGGGGCCUCAGCCCUGGGGUCCCCUGCAUGGCAAGAUCCUGGGGGUCAUUUAGGGGCAAGGGUAACAGAGAGACUGAGUCACUGAGAAUGCAGCUUUCAUUGGUCACUUCACCUCUUAACCAUCCCCUAGAGAGGGGGUGGGGAUUCUGGGU